GGGCGCGUCAUCACAGCCAUUGCCUGUGAGUGUAGGUGUGUUGUGGAGUUCAGUCGCCUGCAGGAGGCGGAGAGAAAGGGGCAGCGGGAGCUCGGAGCCUGAAGCACCGGGGCGGAAGUACGAGACCUGCAGAUGCUUGGUGUUAGAAGUGAUCCUGAAUGCUGGUGGUGAAGGACAGAAGGUUCCUGUGGGUCAUUGUGAUGCCUUUCACAGAUUCUUUCUGGUUUGAGACAGAAGUUUUAUAAAUGGGCAUGAAACAUUGAAGUCGGAUGUUCUUUUCUUGCGGGUCUGUCACUGUUACUUCCUCCAGUAUGUAAUGACGCCUCUUCAUCGGUUGUUAAGGAAGGGAGAGGGUUGUGGUGUAACAGGAAGCAGCCUAAAUAUAACCUUUUUUUUCACAAGUCUCUUGGGAAAGCUGGUUUUACCAUAUAUCCAAGUUGCUUUGCUGCUAUAAAUAUCUUUUUUUUUUUUUUUUGUCUGGAUUGUAGAGACUAAUAUUUGAUAUUUCCAAUUUGGGGGAAAAAGCCUAUAUCCUUACAACCAUGUCUGAUAUUCUCAUCCAGAAUGAUGGCUGCAUGCGUCCGGCGCUAUAAAUUGUGAUGGUGGAUUUAUAUUGGAAACUGUGUGGUGCGUGGAAGAGACCAGGCCCUGUGAAAUUAAGCUGUUGGUUCUGCCGCUCAUAUGACUGCCAGUGCAAAAAGACAUUGUAAGCAAAAUUUAAGGAACUGUUUGAGAAGCACGCUCUACGCAACAUCUCAGAAGUUGGGUUUCUUUCCUCCAUAACUGUAUAUUCUCUGUUUUACAAGCAUCUGAUCACCCAUAUACUGGAUAAUAUCUUAAAAGGGACCUUCCAUCUUAAAGGCCCUAGAAUCUUCUUGGUAUAAUGGGAUUAAGGAAAUUGGAAAUAGCACAGGGUUGACUUCAUGCUGGUGGUUUGGUUACUUUUUUUUCCGUCUAUUUUUUGUCCUAACUGAAGUGUUGGUCUUCGGGGGGGAUUACCGUUAUUUAGCUGGAUUGCCUUCAUCACCUGUGAGGAUUUUAUCAAUCUAUAUUGUUUACUUGCAUCAAUAUUUGAAGACGCCCAUAGAUCUCUUUGAUGACUCCAGGAGGUGGGCCCAUGAAAGAGUGUGGAUACAGUGAAAUUAACACUCGUGGCACCUCCCCCAUGGAGUCUUCUAACAAGAAGAAGAAAACUACCGUGAAGCGAAAAUGGGAAGUUUUUCCCGGGAGGAACAAGUUCUACUGCAAUGGCAUGAUUAUGAUGGCAAGGCAAACUGGAGUCUUCUACCUCACCCUGAUCCUUAUCCUGGUCACCAGUGGGCUCUUCUUUGCUUUUGAUUGUCCUUAUUUAGCAGUGAAGAUUACUCCUGCAAUUCCUGUAAUAGGCGGAAUCCUUGUCUUCUUUGUGAUGGGGACGUUACUGCGGACAAGUUUUAGUGAUCCAGGUGUCCUUCCACGUGCCACUCCAGAUGAAGCAGCAGAUUUGGAAAGACAAAUAGAUGUUGCAAAUGGGUCAACGUCAGGUGGAUAUCGACCACCCCCCAGAACGAAAGAAGUUGUUAUAAAUGGACAAACUGUGAAACUGAAAUAUUGUUUUACCUGCAAAAUCUUCCGCCCACCUCGUGCCUCACACUGCAGUUUAUGUGACAAUUGUGUUGAGCGCUUUGAUCACCACUGUCCCUGGGUGGGAAACUGCGUGGGGAAAAGAAACUACAGAUUUUUUUACAUGUUCAUUUUAUCUCUGUCAUUUCUGACAGUCUUUAUAUUUGCAUUCGUUAUCACGCACGUUAUACUUCGCUCGCAACAAUCUGGAUUUCUCAAUGCCUUAAAGGACAGCCCGGCAAGCGUCCUCGAAGCUGUGGUGUGUUUCUUUUCUGUUUGGUCAAUUGUUGGCUUGUCCGGUUUCCACACAUAUUUGAUCAGCUCAAAUCAAACUACCAAUGAAGAUAUUAAAGGUUCCUGGUCAAGUAAACGAGGGAAAGAAAACUAUAAUCCUUAUAGCUAUGGCAAUAUUUUCACGAACUGCUGCUCUGCUCUUUGUGGACCAAUAAACCCAAGCUUAAUUGACCGCAGAGGAAUUGUGCAAGCUGAUAUGGCACAAUCAGUCACACCAUCCAAUGGAUUGACUAUGUAUGGUUCUACUCAAUCCCAGAGCAAUAUGGGACAAAUACAGGGGACGUCUGUGCAGUUGGAUCCUAAUUAAACCAUAAAGAUGCCAAGGAAUCAUCGUGCAACUAAUCAAGAACUGACCAAAUUUGUUGGAAUGACCAACACAGUUCAGGUUGUAAUGGACAUGCUGGAAAAUGUCUAUGACUUCUACUGCAUUGCACGAUGCUAUUGCACUCCACCUCAUGUAUAUAAUGCAGUGUAAAUGCAGUUUUUCAUAGUCAGAUUUAUUUCUGAUUUAUUAAUUUGCAAUUAAGAUUUGUAAACUUCAAUUUAAUAAACAAACUUUUGUGCCAAACGUUUUGAUCUUAAUCAUUGUAACUGCUUCUUUCUGAGCAGAAAAUGUUAUUGUGUAAAGCAAACUUUUUGACCAACAGGUUCAGUCUCAUCCACCAUAGCCAAGAUUGCAUCAGCAGUGUCUAGAAGUUAAGACCCCACCGAUCAUGACAACAUUUAUUUCAUGUAAAUGGAGUUCCUGACAAUUAUGCGCAUUGCCACUCUAUUCAAACUUUAUGGGAUUGCUGGUGAUAGCCAAGAGUUGCUCAACUGUCGUUUCAUUCAUACGGGGAGCACACGACCCCCCACUCUCAUGAUUGGUGGGUGUCUGAUGACUGGGACUCCCUCUAUCUAACUGUUAACCUCCUAACUGUUCUGCCAGAGCUCAGCUCGGGCUGUGGGAAAAGUACUUUAAGGGGUUGUCCCACGAAAAAUAUUCUACAGUUUUCAAAUCAGCACCAGGAUCUGAAUACUUUUGUAAUUGCAUGUAAUUAAAAAAUAUUGUAGAGCUACUGAGUUAUUCAAUAAAAUG